GACGUCAUCAGGAUAAACCACCACUUGGUCAACUCUGUGCAUUGUAGCUCUUAUGUACAUUCCGAAGAGGUUCACCCCGUGCGAGGAAACGCGUAAGAACUAGGCAAGUAGGCUAUGCACUAAAAAGAGCCCUGUCUGUGUGGCUAUAAGGGACCAACUCGUAUCAGGAGUAAAGGUCACGAAGAUACGAAACUGUUGCUCUACUUCCAGCUGGUCCCGCAGAGUCCCUGUGCUUCCAGCAUGUCCUCCGUGGUGCGCCUGAGGCUGCUGCCUAGCGCCCAGUGCCUGUACACCCAGCCCGUCCGGGUGCUGGUGGACGGCCUGCGCCCGUCCCAGGUGGUCACCAUGAAGGCCAGGGCCACCGACGACAAGGGGGUGCCGUUCCACGCCUCCGCCGUCUACAGGGCCGACGCGGGCGGGGCCGUGGACCUCGGCAGGGAGCCCUCGCUGGGCGGGAGCUACACGGGGGUGGAGCCCAUGGGUCUGCUGUGGUCCCUGAGGGCCGACGCCCUCCACACCAAGUUCCGCAAGAGCGACUCCCGGCAGCCUCACGUGGUCAGGUUCUCCGUGCACGAUGGAGAGGCGGGGGCCGGCCCCCUGUUGGCCGAGGCGACCAAUGAGAGGCGUCUGCUGGCGGAUGGGGUCGAACGGCAACCAAUCAAAGAAGGGAACAUCCGGGGAGUUCUCUUUGUACCCCCUGGAGACGGCCCCUUCCCUGCUGUCUUGGACCUCUACACAUUUGGUGGUGGGCUGUCUGAGAGACGAGCCGCUCUCCUGGCCAACUGUGGCCUCAUGGUUCUGACCCUUGCGCUGUACGGCCAUGACGACCAGCCCAAGAAGGUCACAAAGCUUCACUUGGACUACUUUGAGGAGGCAAUACAGUUGUUAGGGAAGCAUCCAAAGGCUAUGGAUUCGGGCGUUGGCAUAAUAUCAAUAUCCAAGAGCGGAGAUCUGGCACUUUCUAUCGCCACACACUUACCAAACGUUAAAGCCACCGCAUGGAUAAACGGCUGCUGCUCCAAUGUUGCCAUACCCCUCUACUACAGAGGAAGUCAAAUACACUCUGCCCUGAUGUACGACUCCAAGCACAACACAGUCACCAAGUCUGGGGCUUUGAACAUAAAGCACGGCCUUCACGACCCUCUGGCUCCGGAGAACGAGGGAUCCCUGAUCCCCAUCGAACGAGCCACAGGGCACUUCCUCUUCGUGGCCGCCGAGGACGACCUCAACUGGGACAGUUGUCUUUUUGCCGACCAGAUGACGGAGCGGCUGAGACGUCAGGGGAAGGAUAACUUUGAGAAGGUGGUGUACCCAGGAGCGGGGCACUAUCUGGAGCCGCCGUUCGGGCCGUACUGCCCGUCCAGCUUCCACGGGGUGGUGGGGGCGCCGGUCGCCUGGGGCGGGGAACCCAAGGCCCACGCCAAGGCUGAGAUGCACCUGUGGAACAAGAUCCAAGAGUUCUUCAGAACGCACCUGUUCCCAGAGGCUGGGGCAGCCAAAGCUAGGUUAUAGGAGGCUGUUCCCCUCUAACCGUGGAACAAGGCUGAUAGGAUAGGAAUGACCUGAUUCCCAAACCUUACAAUUUAUUUACAAAAUCACUAUCUGAUGAUGUAAUUUGGUUUACAUCAGGCGUAUAGGCUUGUUUAUCUCAUCCUCAAAAUUAGCUUGCACUUAACACCUUCAUACUUGUUAUGCCUUUGUAUGUCAAAGAUCUUAUAAUUAUUGUACGAUAACAGCACAAUCAGGCAAAUGGUCUCUCAGGUAAGCAUAUAUAACAAGGGUUUCCUAAAAAAAUCAUUAGAAGUAUUACGAUUCUUAAGAACUGUAGCAACAUUGAAGGCAGCGCAAUAGUAGCCGCACUACUACUCCUUCUCUCACUGCCCUCAGAAGCAGUGUCCCUGGGGCCUCAUUAGCCGACGACCGACUCGGGAAGACGCCAAUCUGGCUGUCCUGAGACACAAGGCGCUCUAUCUACUCUCUGCUGCUUUGAGUCACUGGUAAUAUGUCAUCUGAUCCGAAUUGGUUUUGGUUCUGUUGCCAAUGCAGACCAUGUGACUCAUGUACGGCGUCUCUUGCAUAAGCUGUACCUCUGUCCGGAAUCCAAUAGAAUGUGAAAGCUGUAGCGUCAACGAUCAAUGACACGGUUGUACUGUUGUUACACUUUGCACUUAAACAUGGCCUCACAAAGUUCCUAAUUUGGUGGUGAUUUUUGCCCCCUUGUGUUGAAAUGAAAGACGACUACAAAAAAACAAAAGGCAUAACACAAAAUGCGUAAUCUACUUGGUCACUUUCCAAUCUUCAGAGCACUUCAUUUUCUCCUGUUCUUUUUUUCUUGAGAUACUACCAAGCUAACUGAUUACGUUGCCAUGAUUAUUGAGACUAAUAAAUCUGUUGCUGAUC